AUGUCCUCGGCGAAUAACAAGAUCCUCAACGUCGCUGUUAUAGGAUGUGGGGAAGUCGCCCAGAUAGCUCAUAUACCGAACCUCAUCGUCGCUUCUGACAUGUACAAGAUCACCGCACUAUGUGAUAUAUCCGUUCAAUCACUUGAAUUGUGCAGUAAAAGAUUCGGUAUACCUGAUACGUUCACCUCUGUCACCGACCUCCUCGCUUCAUCUAUACCUAUCGAUCUAGUGUUCAUCCUCACCGCCGAUCAAUUCCACGCGGAACACAUCAUACAAUGUGCCAAUGCCGGGAAACACAUCAUGAUCGAGAAGCCCAUGGCUCAGACUCUGAGAGAGUACGACCUAGUAGAAGAAGCUAGAGUGAAGAAUAACGUGGUGAUUUUUGUAGGGUACAUGAGGAGGUAUGCCACGGCUUUGGAGAGGUUGAAAGAGGAAAUCAAAGGGAAGGAAAUUAAAUAUGUUAGAGUGAGGGAUAUCAUUGGGAAUAACAAAUACUUUACUUCCCAAUCAGGUCAAUACCAACAAUAUUUCUCCGACCACCCUUCGGCAUCCACAGCCGAGAUGAUCAAACGGAUCAAAGCGAACUUAGAGGAAAAUCUGGGUGAUAAAGCACAGGAGGAUAAGCGUAAUGCGCAUUCAUGGAGUCUGUUACACAGUUUAGCAAGUCAUGAUCUAUCAGCGAUGAGGGAUGUGAUCGGUAUGCCGGAGAAAUGUCUGUUCGCAAGUAGGAGUGAUAAUGGUGAUAAGUCUUGGUGGUGGAAUGUCGUCUGGGGAUAUAAGGGAUUUAAAUGUUAUUAUGAGAUGGCAAUCGAUGAAGUAGCGGUGUUCGAUGCGCAUAUCGAAGUUUACACUAAUGAGAGCCGAGUCAAAAUCCAAUAUGAUACCCCAUACGUGAAAGGACUGCCUAUCAAGUUGACUAUCCAAAAACAACUACCCUCCGGUGAUUUCUCUGAACAGGUUAUCCGACCCACAUACGUUGAUCCUUACACUCUUGAGUUACCGUUAAUUUACGACGCGAUCGUCAACGGGAAGGAUUACAAGACGAAACCUCUAGAUGCUAAGAAUGAUACGAUAUUAGCUAAGAUGGUAAUGGAUGCGUUGAUUGAUUAG